CAAGAAGUUGAAAAAGAAAGAAACUUUAAAGAAACAGUUCCCCCCAAGCUACAGCUGCUUCCGUGAAAGCAAGGUUAAAGCGGGAUGAGGAGGUUCCGCCUCCUCGAUUGGGAACAUUAUCUCGGCGCCAAGCAACAGAAUUAACACACUUUAUGGGCUUAUGGAAAUCUUGUAUAUAUGUGUAUAUAUAUCUACUCAAUUCAAUCAUAAAUGCAUAUAAAUAAUAAACCCAGUUCACCAGCCACAACCCCAACUCUCUUCUCUCUCUAGCCGGUCGUCUCCGAAGACUAUUGGGUCUUUCAGCAAUGAGUUGUUUCAGUCGAGUCAUCCCAGGGUUCAUUAUUGGGCUCUGUGUCUUGUAUCAAUGUUCUGCAUUUGAGGUUGAUACUAAUCAGACAGCUUGGCUGUUCGUAAAUGCUUCUGAAGCUUCUGGACGUAAGAUACCCGAAACUCUGUUUGGCGUUUUCUUUGAGGAAAUCAACCAUGCUGGGGCUGGAGGGUUAUGGGCUGAGCUCGUCAGCAACAGAGGUUUUGAAGCGGGGGGCCCUAAUACUCCCUCCAAUAUUGAUCCUUGGUCUAUCAUUGGGAAUGAGUCAUCUCUUGUUGUAUCAACUGACCGUUCAUCAUGCUUUGAUCGAAACAAAGUUGCUCUUCGAAUGGAUGUGCUUUGUGACAGAGACGGCUCCAAUGUAUGUCCAGAUGGAGGGGUUGGUGUUUAUAACCCUGGAUUCUGGGGCAUGAAUGUUGAACAAGGGAAGAAGUACAAAGUCGUUCUGUAUAUCCGUUCAUUACAGUCAGUUAAUAUAUCGAUAUCAUUGACCGGCUCCAGUGGGUUGCAAAUGCUGGCUACUGCAAACAUUAUAGCUGCUGAUGUUUCAAACUGGACAAAGACUGAGAUUCUUUUGGAAGCGAAAGAAACCAAUCAUAAUGCAAGACUGCAAUUAACUACAAGCAGAAGAGGAGUUGUAUGGUUUGACCAAGUGUCAGCUAUGCCCUUGGACACAUACAAGGGACAUGGUUUCCGAGAAGAUCUUUCUACCAUGCUUGCAGAUUUGAAACCCAGAUUCAUCAGAUUCCCAGGUGGGUGUUUCGUUGAAGGUGAAUGGUUACGAAAUGCAUUCCGGUGGAAAGAAACUAUUGGGCCAUGGGAAGAGAGGCCCGGACACUUCGGUGAUGUUUGGAUGUACUGGACUGAUGAGGGACUUGGUUACUUUGAGUUUCUUCAGCUGGCAGAAGACCUUGGUGCUGCCCCGGUUUGGGUUUUCAAUAAUGGAAUCAGCCAUAAUGAUCAAGUAGAUACCUCUAGCAUUGUGCCUUUUUUGCAAGAAAUCCUGGAUAGUCUUGAGUUUGCUAAGGGUGCUCCUGACUCAGCAUGGGGUUCUGUUCGAACUGCAAUGGGACACCCUGAACCUUUCGACUUGAGAUAUGUUGCUGUUGGGAACGAAGACUGUGGGAAGAAGAAUUACCGUGGAAAUUACCUCAGGUUUUAUGAUGCUAUUAGACAUGCCUAUCCAGACAUCAAAUUUAUCUCCAACUGUGAUGGCUCUACUCAACAAUUGGAUCACCCUGCCCAUUUCUAUGAUUAUCAUAUUUAUAGUGAUGCAAACACGGUGUUUUCUUUGGCUCAUAAAUUCGAUCACUCAUCACGCAGUGGUCCAAAGGCUUUUGUGAGUGAGUAUGCUGUGACUGGAAAAGAUGCUGGUACAGGAAGUCUUUUAGCAGCACUGGCUGAGGCUGGUUUCCUUAUUGGCUUAGAAAGGAACAGCGACGUUGUUGAAAUGGCAAGCUACGCACCUCUGUUUGUGAAUGCCAAUGACAGACGGUGGAACCCAGAUGCAAUUGUUUUUAACUCCUACCAGCUGUAUGGAACUCCUAGUUUCUGGAUGCAACGCUUUUUUUCGGAGUCAAGUGGUGGCACUCUGCUUAAUUCAACACUACAAGCAAAUUCUUCAAGUUCCCUAAUUGCUUCUGCUAUUGCUUGGAAAAACUCUGAGGAUAACAAGAAUUACUUGAGAAUAAAGAUCGUGAACUUUGGGAGCAACAUUGUGAAUCUAAAGAUUUCAAUUAAUGGAAUGGAGCAGAACACAUUCCAAUCACUUGGAUCAACAAAGACUGUUCUCACAUCUAGCAACCUGAUGGAUGAGAACUCCUUCAAAGAGCCAAAUAAGGUGUCUCCUAUCAAAAGUCUACUUGAAAAUGCUGGUGUGAACGUGGAAGACGUACUCUCUCCACAUUCUUUCACUUCUUUUGAUUUGCCAAUAGAAUCGAGAACACUCUGGAUCCCACGAACUGAUUCUAACAGCAAAUCUUCUAUUUGAGAAUCAAUACGGUAAAUGAAUAUGAUAAGUGGAGGUUGGUUUGGCAUCUCAGCCUACCAAUUCUGUUGUUUAGCUAUCUCAAAGAUAAUUCUCCAAACUUAUGUUGGUGGCCUGAUGUUGUAAAUAUUCUCUCUCUCUCUCUCUCUCUCUCUCUCUCUCUCUCUCUCUCUCAUUUUGGUUUUUUCUUGUACUUCUUUUGUUAAUUAUGCUGGGGAAACUCUACUUGUAUGAUCAGCAAUCUUACAUAAAUAAGUUUUGUUGUAUUAUUAUUAUUUUUUUGGAAAUCAACUACAAUAAAAGGAGUUAUAAUGUGGUUUACUACAA